AUGACGAGUCACUACAGAAACACCAUCUCUAUUGUUUAUCUCUUGUUUUGUCUCUUCAUGAUCACAUCUUCUUCUGCACCUUCCCUCAUUCGACAAUUCACUGAUGACUUGAACACAAAUCUGAAACAGGAAACCGGAGCAGAACCAACAAACCUGGAAGAAACACAUUACUUACGUAAACAUCAAGAGAUCACAUCUCGUGACUAUAAAGUCUCAGCUUCAAGCGCAGUAACGGGUCUAAGACAUAGUCGUCCAUCUACUUACUCUUUAAAGAUGGAGUCUUUCAACACACUCCUUAAGUCAACCAACGCAGAGAGAUUCGAUUCUCGUCCUUUUCCGGUUGGUGAACACAACUGGACUCUUGUCGUGUACCCUAACGGGAACAAGAAGGAUAGUGGUUCAGGGUACCUUUCGCUUUACGUAGCCAUAGACAAUUCGACUCUCGUCGAUUCACAUCAAGUGGUUUACGCGGAUCUCAGAUUUUACAUCUUCAACAAGAAGGAGAAGAAGUACUUCACCAUUCAAGAAAGUUUCAGGUGA